UUUUUAAUGGCUGGCCAUUGUGUCUCUGAAAGUGUACUACAAAUUAAAGACUUGAAAGUCCAAAUCAUGGUCCAAGCAGUUUUCAAUCAUUGAAAGCAACUCUUGUGCUUCCUUAGCUCAGGUUUCUUGAAAAAUCUGCACUUAGGUUUUGACUUCUCCUUGUUUUCUUGCACUAAGUCCUCUCCUUUCUUUGCUUAAUUAAUUACUGGUUUCUUUUGAAUUCAAUCACCCCAUUAUCAACUCCACAAUUUUUUUGAUCUUGGGAUUUACUAUUUUCUGGGUUUUUUGUGUUUUUGAAUCCAGUUUCUUGCGUUUGCUUUUUUGGGGUUACCUUUUUGGAGACAUGGCUUCAUCUACACUUCAUCUUGAUUUAUUAUAUACACUUCAAACUGCUUUCUGUUGUUGUUAAUGUUGAAAUUUCUCCAAAUCACUACCUUACUUUAGUUUUUAUGAGGUGUAAAGAGUUUGUUUUUAGUAUCCAACAGCAAAUCCUGUGGAAUAGGUAGUUCAAAGCUCUGGCUGUUUCUUCAUUUUCACUCUGUUUUGGUUUGGUGUGUUCUUUAAGCAAGAAGUGAGCUUGUAGUAUCAAUAUUGCCGUCUCUCGAAAAGGGUUUGUGUUUUCAACUUUCUUUACCUUAGAAAUGUUCAUUCCUAGUGAAGUGGAGCAGAUCUCAUUGCCUCUAGAUAAUGUAAAAGAGAAGUUGGAGCCGAUGGAACCAAACCAAGAUUACAUCGAUGCGUUCCAGUUAGAAUCUGAGUUGAUGGAUUCACCACCUUUACCUAACUCAACCAUUUAUACCGAUGUCAAUGUUGUUCCUGAGCAUGAAAAGGGCGAGCUUGAGCAUUCUAUAUCGAAUCUAGAAGGUGAGAUCGCAGGGUUGAAACGAAAGGAGAGAUUGUUGGACAAGAAGCGCAGAGAAGCAUUAAAUAAGAUAUUGGAUAUUAAAGGCAGCAUUAGAGUUUUUUGUCGAGUGAGACCGUUCCUAUUGUCAGAUAGAAGAAGAAUUCACGAACCCAUUUCAAUUGGGUUAGAGAAGGUGGUGGUUAAAUCAGUUGGAAUUAGGAAGGAGUACAGAUAUGAUAAGGUUUUUCAUCAAGCAGCUACUCAAGAAGAUGUUUUUGUUGAGGUUGAACCUAUCCUUAGAUCUGCACUUGAUGGGCACAAUGUAUGCAUACUGGCUUAUGGUCAAACCGGAACUGGCAAGACAUUCACAAUGGAUGGCACAAAUAACCAGGCUGGGAUCAUUCCUCGAGCUAUUGAAGAGCUUUUUCGUCAAGCCUCUUUGGAUAACUCAUCUAUAACAUUUUCAAUGAGCAUGCUGGAGGUUUACAUGGGUAAUCUUAGAGAUCUACUUGCUCCAAAAGUGGCGAGCAGGACAUAUGAGGUUGCAGCAAAAUGUUUAAAUAUUCAAACAGAUCCAAAGGGAAUGGUUGAAGUUGAAGGUCUGACACAGGUCCAAAUACCUGAUACUGCAAAGGCAAAAUGGUGGUAUGCUAAGGGCAGGCGGGCUAGAUCUACUUCAUGGACUAAUGUCAAUGAGACAUCAAGCAGGUCACACUGCUUAAUGAGGAUCACCAUUUCUCGACAUGGAGAUGAUUCAAAAGCUAAAGCACAAGUGAGCAAACUGUGGAUGGUUGAUCUCGGAGGAAGUGAGCGAUUGUUGAAGACAGGGGCCACCGGACAGACAAUGGAUGAGGGAAGGGCCAUAAAUCUAUCUCUUUCCGCUUUGGGUGAUGUUAUCGCUGCUCUAAGAAGGAAGAGAGGCCAUGUGCCUUACAGAAACAGCAAGUUAACUCAAAUCCUCAAAGAUUCCUUAGGUCAUAGUUCAAAGGUUUUAAUGCUUGUGCAUAUAAGCCCGUGUGAAGAAGAUGUUGGAGAGACAAUCUGUUCUUUAAGCUUUGCAAAUAGAGCAAGAGCGAUAGAGACCUAUCGAGAUCUAACAGAGGACAUAAACAUGCAAAGGCAGAAGAGGAUUUUGGAACUCGAAGUAGAAAUGAGAGAAGCCGAAGAAGAGUGCCAGAAAGUUAGGUAUCAAGUACAUAAGGCUGAGUUCCUGUUGAGUGAAAACAGAGAGCUUUUGUCAACUACUUAUCAUGUUCCUGAUGACAAGGAGAAUGCACCUUUAAGUCCCAAAGAAGACUAUAAGGAAGUCAAUAGUACAUCUCAAGUUACUGACAAAGGAAUUAGGAGGAAUAUGACAAGUCCUUUCCCGCGAUUUAUGACUUCUACUGUGGCUAGUCGGCAAAGGCAAAGUGCUGCAGAAAAAUUAAUUGUUGGGCGGGCAAGAAGUUUGAGAUCCGCAACAAGAAGUUCAUUACAAUUUUCAGCUUCUCAGUCCUUCAGUUAUUCAGAAUUUCGCUUUAGAGCAAUUUUAAAGGAGUCAAAUAGAAAGUCAAGAUAUGGAGAGACAAAACCUCGUCUCCCAGAGAGUCCCAAAUGCAAUGUCCCGGAGAUGAAGAUGGCCUCCUUGCCUCGAAGCAAGACUGUUAUUUCAUCAGAUCCAAACUUGAGAACUACGCUUUCUCGUCACAGAAGAAGGAUGUCUGAUCUAAUCUAAGGGUAGAGAAAAGCCUCAGGAUUUUUUUUUUAAUAUUUUUUUGGCAUGCAGGACCGGGAUCCUUUUUUAUUUUUAUUUUUUUCCAGUUUGGUGCUUAACAAAGGGUGUGUGGGAUUCCGUGCUUUGAUCUGGAGGGAGUUUUUUUAGUGAGUGUUGUGUAUCACAGUGGGAUGGGGGUUUCGCAUAGGCUUGUUGGGAACUUGGGAUCUGUUAUAUUAUUUGUUUACAGCAUCCCUGUUGUCACAUGAUUGAUGACCUGGUUAGGUCUGAUGAGAAUUGUUAAAUACUCAUUAACAUGGACAUGUUAGCGUAAUGCGUGCCUGAUUUUUGUUUAGAUUUUAUUAACAUCAUAUUGUUUAUUAUAUCACACCUUUCUGGUC